ACUCCAAAGAAGAAGAAGAAGAACGUGGUAGUAUCUUCCAAAAUGGCGUCCAAAUAUUAUCAAGAGAUGCAAGAGAGUUUUAGAAAUAACAACAAAAGCAGGGAAUUCCCUGCGCAUAGCGCUAAAGUCCAUUCAGUAGCAUGGAGUUGCGACGGCAGGAGGUUGGCAUCUGGGUCUUUUGAUAAAACAGCAAGCGUAUUUGUCUUGGAAAAAGACCGUUUGGUGAAGGAGAACAACUACAGAGGCCACGGAGACAGUGUUGAUCAGUUGUGUUGGCAUCCUACCAACCCAGACGUGUUUGUCACUGCAUCAGGGGACAAGACCAUACGCAUCUGGGACGUCAGAACAACAAAGUGCACGGCUACUGUCAACACUAAAGGGGAAAACAUCAAUAUCUGCUGGAGUCCUGACGGCCAAACGAUAGCCGUUGGGAACAAGGAUGAUGUGGUUACCUUCAUCGACGUCAAAUCACACCGGUCACGAGCUGAGGAGCAGUUUAAGUUCGAAGUCAACGAGAUCUCGUGGAAUAAUGACAACAACAUGUUCUUUCUCACCAAUGGAAAUGGGUGCAUCAACAUCUUGAGUUACCCCGAGCUGAAGCCCAUCCAGUCGAUCAACGCCCAUCCCUCCAACUGCAUCUGCAUCAAGUUUGACCCCACGGGGAAGUACUUUGCCACAGGAAGUGCAGAUGCCCUGGUCAGUCUGUGGACCGUUGAAGAACUGGUCUGUGUUCGCUGUUUCUCCAGGUUGGACUGGCCAGUGAGAACAUUGAGUUUCAGCCAUGAUGGGAAGAUGCUGGCUUCAGCCUCAGAGGACCACUUCAUAGACAUAGCAGAGGUUGAAACAGGAGAGAAGCUGUGGGAGGUCCAGUGUGAGUCUCCUACGUUCACAGUCGCCUGGCAUCCUAAGAGACCGCUGCUGGCCUACGCAUGUGAUGACAAGGAAGGGAAGUACGACAACAAUAGAGAGUCCGGCACAGUCAAACUGUUUGGAUUACCUAAUGAUUCCUGAGUGAGAUAGCAAGGCAGGCACUGUCAAACUGUUUGGAUUACCUAAUGAUUCCUGAGUGAGAUAGCAAGGCAGGCACUGUCAAACUGUUUGGAUUACCUAAUGAUUCCUGAGUGGGCUAGCAAGGCAGGCACUGUCAAACUGUUUGGAUUACCUAAUGAUUCCUGAGUGGGAUCUAACACGCUGUAUUUUGAUUCUUUAAACCGAGUUUAUACGGAUAAUUGUCCCUACUUCGUGGAGUCAUGUUUACCUAUCCCUGUGCUGUAAACACUUCUUCUCUAUAUGUUCAAUACAACAUCCUUGUCUUUUGGUCCAUUAAACAUUGCCAGAAAGAGAUGCCUGUUUAAAUGGCUAUAUCAUGUAAACCGAUAUUUGUCUUAAGUCGUAUGCUCAACUUUCUUCUACUGUUUUUGUUUAUGGAAAGUGUGCCGUCUUCGAUGUAAAAUGAGAUGCGACUCUAGAGUUGUCUUUUAAGGAUUGGGAUAAAACGAGAUUUACUCUCCGUAAACACUCAACAGUUCUUCCUCUUUCCAACCACCAGAUGGCACUGCAUCCUAAUUAUCAACAUGUGUUUCUUGUACAGUUUCUCCGUAAGGUUUGCAUUACACACAGUGCAGUACCAUAUUUUUGUUAACUUUAAAUUGAUUUUUGUUUUUAUAUUAAAAGAACAGUCUUGUUUA